GGACAGAAGAAAUUGUUGAUGUCGGUUCUCUUCGAAACAUCUGUAGGCGACCUUGUCAUUGACCUCGAGACAGAAGUAUGCCCAAAAACAUGCCAGAACUUUCUCAAGCUAUGUAAAGUCUACUAUUAUAACUUGAAUGCCUUUUUUAAUGUCUCAAAAGAUUUCCUCGCUCAAGCUGGUGAUCCAUCUGCUACGGGUCAAGGCGGCGAGUCAAUAUGGUCCUACAUGGCCUCUCAGUCCUCGAACUCCUCAUCCGUACCGCGAUAUUUUACCCCAGAAAUCCAGCCAAAACUAAAGCAUACCACCAAAGGAACGGUUUCGAUGGCGGUCGCGCCUUCUGUAGAUGGCAGUACGGAGGGUGGUUGUGGUAGUCAAUUCUUCGUGACUCUGGCCGAUAACAUCGAAUAUUUGGACGGAAAACACGCCGUCUUUGGCCAUGUAGUGGAAGGCCUAGAUACGCUCGACAAACUGAACGACGUUUUUGUGGACCAGGACUAUAGACCGCUGAAGGACGUCCGAAUUCGACAUAUCGUAAUCCUCGAUGACCCCUUCCCUGAUCCCCCAGGCCUUGUAGUGCCAUCACAUCCUCCUGUCAAACCACCCGACAACUCUACCCGAAUAGCAGAAGAUGAAGAUCCUCUUGAGACACUACCUGAAGACGAAGAAGAGCGUAUAAGACGUGAAAAGGCCGCAGCUGCAUCCGCGCUUACCUUGGAAAUGGUUGGAGACCUCCCUUUCGCCAACGUUAGACCGCCAGAAAACGUGUUGUUCGUAUGCAAACUCAACCCGGCCACUCGCGACGAAGACCUAGAGCUUAUCUUCUCUCGGUUUGGGACCAUAAUGAGUUGUCAGGUCAUCAGGGACAAGAAGACUGGUGACUCGUUGCAGUACGCCUUUAUCGAGUUUGACAAACGAGAGGAGGCGGAGCAGGCUUACUUCAAGAUGCAGAACGUGUUGAUCGAUGACAAACGGAUCUGGGUUGAUUUUUCUCAGUCUGUUGCAAGAUUAAACAACUCCUGGUCAAACGAUAUCAAAAAAGCACCCAAGUAUUCUCGGGGUGCGGGUAGUGGGUUCGGUGGGCGUGAUGACCUUGUCAAGACCAGCCGGUAUCGCAAGGAUGAGGAUGAGGAGCUUCGUUAUGAUUCCAAAUACGGAAUGGUAUUUGACGUUCCACACAGCGGUGGGUCACGUCGGAGAAGUAGGGAAAGGGAACACAAACGGCGCUCUAGUAGUCCCAGAAGGGGUCCAGAUAGAGAUAGAGAUAGACGAGAUCGCGACGAUGAACGGGACAGACGACGGGACAACGAUGAUUAUAGACGUCGGCACAGAUCGUGA